ACGUAACUCCAGAGACAGACAGGGGAACCUUGGUUUAUUUCGACGCGGGUUGUCAAUUAUUUCCACGUUCUCAUCUUCCAACCCCCGCGGGGGAAUCAGCAGUAAUUGCGAUUACGCCAUUGGGGACGCAGAUCGUGACAUCGAGCUGGGUGUGGAAUCAGGAUCCCGCGAGCCCGCCUAGGGCCAAUCACAACCGGGUCCAUCCACUCGAGCAUUGCGACAGCUAACCCUCGUGAUGGCGAAGUGCUGUGUUGCUGUCCGUUAUCAGACUAGGUAGAUGCUACUCAAACGUUCGACUCGUGGUGGUAGACUAUACUCCAGCUCCUCCCUCCUCUCCCGUUGGCCUGGUCCCCAGCUGUAACGUCACGCGUAUGACCUACCCGGCGUGCUCGGCCCUUGCGUCUGUUGUCCUUUAUAAACUCGCCCGCAUCCCUUCUACUGCCAUAGCAACGCCGUGAUUCGGAUAGCCAGGUUGACGCGGACACGCUCGGCCUUUCGGACGGAGGAGAAACGCAGAGACAUAAACCAGCAGUACGCCACUGCCGUCAUGCCUGGCCAACGCGCUCCCACGCCCAAGGAGGUGGAGGUGAGCGAGUCCGGAUUGGAUGCCCGGGACUCGUCCCAGCACGAGGCGGAGGAGGAGGUGGUGGUAGAAAAGCAGAAGGUGCCGUGGUGGUCGUACAUCUGGGACUACGAGCCGGGGCGGACGCGGGAGGAGCGCGUGUUCAUCCAGAAGCUCGACGUGUUCCUGGUGACGAUGCUGUCGCUCGGGUACUUCAUCAAGAACCUGGACCAGACCAACAUCUCGAACGCGUUCGUCAGCGGCAUGAAGGAGGACCUGCGCAUGGACGGCAACGAGAUCAACAUCGUCGACACCGCCUGGACCGUCGGCUACGUCAUCGGCCAGAUCCCCUCGCAGAUUGUGCUGACCAAGGUGCGCCCCUCCGUCUGGGUGCCCGCGUGCGAGCUCCUCUGGACCGUCCUCACCUUCUGCCUCGCCGCUGCCAAGACCUCCAACCACGUCAUCGCCAUCCGCUUCUUCGUCGGCCUCGCCGAGUCCAUCUUCUACCCGGCCGCCCACACCAUCCUCGGCUCCUGGUACAAGCCCUCCGAGCUCGGCAAGCGCGCCUGCAUCUUCCACGCCUCCUCCGCCGCCGCCAGCAUGUUCUCCGGCUACCUCCAGGCCGGCGUCUACCGGGGGCUCAACGGCGUCAACGGGCUCGCCGGUUGGCAGUGGCUUUUUAUCAUGGACGGGGUCAUCAGUCUCCCGAUCUGCGUCGCGGGAUUCUUCAUACUGCCGGACCUGCCCGAGAACACGAGGGCGUUCUACUUGAGUGAGAGCGACCGCGAGAUGGCAAGGACGCGCAUGGAGAAAGCUGGACGCGCGCCGCGCACGAAGUUGGGACGCUCGACUUUCAAGCGCAUCUUUAAGCGCUGGCAUGUUUACCUUCUCACGAUUCUGUACGUCAUAUUCAUCAUCAUCGGCCCGUCGGGGAGCGUCAACCCUUUUGCGCUAUGGCUCAAAGCGAAAGGCGAGCCUGUGGAAAGGAUAAACAUCAUCCCCACGGCGUCUUCGGCGAUCCAGCUCGUGCUCACGGUGUUGUUCGCCAUCAUCUCGGACGCGAUCCGGCGGCGGGCCAGCAUCAUGUCGAUCUCGACGUUCCUGGGGGGGUUCUCGGCGCUGAUGCUGGCCAUCUGGACGGUGCCGGACGGGCUGAAGUGGUUCUCGUUCCUGCUGCAGCGGGCGUCGGUGCCGUACGGCCCGCUCAGCAUGAGCUGGGCCAACGAGAUCUGCGGCGCCGACGCGGAGGAGCGCGCCAUCGUCAUCGGCGUCAUGAACUCGAUGGGCUACGCCUUCAACGCCUGGGUCCCCAUCCUCACCUACCCCCAGGUCGACGCCCCCCGCUUCCGCACCGGCUUCAUCUACUCCACCGUCAUGUUCGGCGCCCAGGCCGCCAUCACCGCCGCCGUCGCCUUCAUGCACAAGCGCGACCAGCAGAGGAGCCGCCUCGGCGAGGCGGGCGGCGGAGAGCCCGAGCGGGCCGACGCCGGCGUUACUGUGAGCUCCUCUCUGGACCGCCCGUAAAUCUUUUUGGUUGUCAGACGAUUCUCAACAUCUUAGGUCCCGCUUCUGAGUAGCCAUGUUAGUUGAAUCACACACAAUUGCAGACAAGAUCACGCAAGCUGCGCUCGCUCUUGGUUCAAGAAGACAGCGAUAUAUAGGUAGGUAUUAUAUGUAUUAUGUAAGAGCAACGGUUCGAUAUAAUAUCCGCUACAACUAUACAGGUAGACGGCUCUAGAUUUAAAGAAGAAUGUAUAGUAAAAUCAGGAUUUGCUUGCUUUUGCGCUCCCCGCCCCCCCUCGAGACCAGCUUCCGCACUUGCGUAGUUGUCUGUUCGCUUCCCACGGCCGACUCGAGUCCUCCUCCCCGCUGUUAUUCACGGAGCCCGCGUACAGAGGCAGAUCAGCGGCCAAUGUGCAACUCACGAGGUGCCCGCAGCUCCGUUCUUCGCUUAAAGCACUUACUACUCGUCAUCCUUCGGGUCCCACGAUCCCAGGAUCAUAUUACCUGGCGCGCGUUGGCGUUAGCCCGCGAGGGGCCCCCUCUAAUCGAAGAACAGGGAAAACAUACCGUCGGGUGACGAGGGCGGCCCGCCGGCGCCGAAAGGCGGGUAGGGCGACCGCAUGCCGCCGGCGGGGCCGCGCGGGCCGUACACGAGGCC